AUGGAUACAGAACUGAGCUCCACGAUGAGUACCAAUACAUCCGAAGAAAACAACGAUAGUUCGACACCACCUUCGCGAUUUCCUGUCAUCAAAAAUUGUAUCGUUAUAUGGUUGGAUACAAACAUUAAUCAUUCCGAUGAAUUUACCAAAACCUCAAUAACUAAACUUCGAUAUAUCAUAAACUCGGUCACAACAUUUACUGACACGGACGAAUGUAUUGAAUUUUUAAAGAAUAUCAGAGAUGAGCGCGUAUUCAUGAUUAUUUCGUGCUCUCUUGCGGAAAAAAUGACAUCAUUAAUCGAAGAUAUUCCUCAGCUCCAGUCGAGCUAUAUAUUUUGCACUCCUGAUUUACAACACCAAUGUCAAAAGACGAAAGGCAUAUUCAAUGAAAUUGAAUCUAUAUGUCUGGAACUAAUACGACAAAUUCGUUGGUCCGAAGUUGGUUUAACACCAAUCAGUACUGUUCCUGUCAUUACUAGUUCUACUAAACUUGAUGAACUUGAUCAGACAUUUAUGUAUUCUCAAUUACUCAAAGAAAUUAUUCUUGAAAUUCAAUAUAAUGAAAAAGCAAAACAAGAAUUUGUUGAUUUUAUCAGUGUCUACUAUUCAGAUAAUAAUAUUCAGUUGAAUAAAAUUCUCGAGUUUCAACGAGAUUAUAAAAUCCAUUCAGCCAUUUGGUGGUAUUCAAAAGAACCAUUCUUGUAUUCAAUCCUUAACAUGGCUCUUCGAACACAAGACAUCGAAGUUAUAAUAAAAUUGGCGUUUUUUAUACAAGAUCUCCAUUGUCAAGUACAACAAGUUCAUAAAGAAGCACAUUAUACAACACAAAUGACUCUUUUUCGUGGUCAAGGAAUGACUAAUAUUGAUUUUGAUAAUUUAAAAAACAAUCAAGGUGGUCUCAUCUCAUUCAAUAACUUUUUGUCUACUAGUGUCGAUUAUGAAGUAUCGUUAGCAUUCGCAGAAAGUUCGCGAGAAAAUUCUAAUUUAACAGGAAUCCUGUUUCAACUGGAAAUCGAUCCAAAAGUAUCAUCAAUUCCAUUUGCUUCCUUGAAAAACAUUAGUCAUUAUUCAGAUUUCGAACAAGAAUUCCUUUUCUCAAUGCACACUGUGUUCAGAAUUGGUGAAAUAAAACAAUUAGAAGAUCGACUAUGGCAAGUAAAUCUCACAUUGACUGAUGAUGACGAUCCACAGCUAAAAUGUUUGACUGACUAUAUAAGAAACGAGAUCGUAGGUAAAUCAGGUUGGCAUCGUAUGUGUAUGCUGAUGCAUAAGAUGGGUAAAUUUGACACUGCUGUAAAACUGUACAAUAAUUUACUUGAAGCAAUAUCGAUAUCAGAAUUAGAUCUAACAGAAAUUCUCACGUCAAUAGGACCACUCUACAAUGGCAUUGCAACAGUAUAUCGAUCGAUGGGAGAUUAUUCAAAUGCCCUAUCCUAUCUUGAGAAAACACUAGAAAUUCAACAAGCCUAUCUUCCAUCCCAUCAUUCUUCCCUAGUAUCUACUUAUAAUAAUAUUGCUGCAGUGUAUCAAUCGAUGGGAAAAUAUACUAAUGCACUUUCAUACUAUAAGGAAGCAUUUCAAAUUCAACAGAAAUCUCUUCCAGACGACAUUUUAGCUUCGUCUAUUACAUACAAUAAUAUGGGUGCUGUAUAUCAAUCGAUGGGAGAUUACCAAACUGCACUCUCUUGUUAUGAGAAAAUACUUGAAAUACGAGAGAAAAUUCUUCCACCAAAUCAUCCAGAUCUAGCUGCCAUAUAUAACAACACUGCUUUGGUUCACCAGUCAAUGGGAAACUAUUCCAUUGCACUCUUAUACUAUGAUAAGACCUUAAAAAUUCAAGAGAAAUCUCUUCCAUCUGACCAUCCACUGGUGGCCACUACUUAUCAUAACGUGGGUAUGGUACAUCAAUCCAUGGGAAAUUUCUCGGACGCAUUGUCAUGCUAUAAUAAAACACUGGGAAUUAGACAAAAAAUUCUUUCUCUCGAUCAUCCAGAUCUAGCUACUCUCUACAAUAACAUUGGUUUGCUGCACCAAAGUACGGGACAUUACUCAGCUGCACUAGUAUACUUUCAGAAAACACUCGAAAUUCAGAAUAAAUCUCUUUCAGUCAAUCAUUCUGACAUGGCAACAACCUAUAACAAUAUAGCUACAAUGCAUCAAUUGAUGGGAGAUUAUCCAACUGCACUUUUAUACUAUCAUAAUACACUUGAAAUUCAAGAGAAGUCUCUUUCACCUGACCAUCCUAGUAUGGCCAUCACCUAUGGUAACAUUGGUACUAUCUAUCGAUUAAUAGGAGAUUAUUCGACAUCACUCUUGUUUUGUCAGAAGACGCUUGAAAUUCAACUGAAAUCUCUUCCAUCCAAUCAUCUAGACCUGACCGCUACGUAUAAUGAGAUUGCAUUACUAUAUCAAUAUCAAAGAGAUUAUUCUGGUGCGCUCUCAUAUCACGAGAAAGCAAUUGAAAUCAGACAGAAAUUCCUUCCAGAUGAUCAUCCAGAUCUGGCUUUAACCUAUAACAACAUUGGUGUAGUGUACCAAUCUAUGGGGAAUUAUUCAGCAGCACUCUUGUAUUAUGAGAAGGCAUUAAUGAUUCAAGAGAAAUCUCUUCCAUCCGAGCAUCCAUCGGUAGCUACCACCUACAGCAAUUUGGGUAUAGUUCAUAAAUCGAUGGCAGACUACAAGACUGCAUUAUCAUACUUUGAGAAGUCACUUACAAUUCAAGAAAAAUCUCUUUCAUCUAGUCAUCCGGACCUGGCUACGACUUACAACAACAUGGGCAUGGUUUACAAUGCGAUAUGUGAUUACCCAGCUGCACUCAUAUGUCUUGAAAAGGCCCUUAAAAUUCGAGAAAAUUCUCUUCCACUUAACCAUCUAAUGCUGGCUACCAUCUACAACAACAUGGGUAUGAUUCAUAAAGCUAUGACAAAUGACAUCGUUGCGCUCUCUUACUUUGAUAAGGCACUGAAAAUUAGAGAGAAAUAUCUUUCACCCAACCACCCAGAAUUAGGAGAGACGUACAACAACAUCAGCAUGGUGCAUAAGUCAAUGGGAAACUACUCCGAUGCACUCUCGUACUGUGAAAAGUCACUAGAAAUUGAAGAGCAAUCCAUUGCACCUAAUCAUCCAAGUCUAGGUAUCACAUACAACAAUAUUGGUACGAUACAUAAAUCAAUGAAAAAUUAUUCUACUGCACUUUCAUAUUUUGAAAAGGCACUGCAAAUUAUGAAACAAUCUCUGCCAGCAAAUCAUCCAAACUUGUCUUAUACGUAUCAGAACAUUGGUGGAGUAUACAAUGCAACAGAAGAUUACUCAAAUGCACUGAGAUAUUAUGAGAAGGCAUUUGAAGUUCAAAUGAAAUGUACUUCGCCUAAUUUUUCAUUUCUUGCUGAGAUCUGUCAUGGUAUUGCUGCAAUGCACAAAUCAAUGGGAAACUAUCCAAUUGCACUUUCAUAUUGCGAGAUGUCUCUUGAAUUUAAAGAGAAAUGUUUUCCAAUCAAUCAUUCAUCAGUAGCUACUAACUACCUCAACAUUGGUAUGUUACAUAAAUUAAUGGGAAAACAUCUGUCUGCACUCUCAUAUCAUGAGAAAGCAAUUAUAAUUAUGGAGAAAUCACUCCCAACCGAUCAUCCUGACUUGGCUACUGCCUACGAAAACAUUGGUGAUGUGUACGAUGAUAUUGGAGAUUCUUCAGCUGCACUGUUAUACUAUGAGAAAUCAUUAGCAAUCAAACAAAAAUUUGUUCAAUUCAACCAUGAAUCGUUAGUCAUGCUCUAUAAAAAGAUUAGUAUGACGCAUCUAUUCUUGAGAAACUAUGCAACUUGCCUUUCUUAUUAUGAGAAGGCGUUGGCGAUCUGGCAAUCAAUUCUUCGACCUGAUCAUCCAUGGCUGAUUAUUACCUACUGCAACAUGACAUUGGUGUUUAAUAAACUUUGUCAAGAAAAGAAAACCAUUGAAGAUGCUGCAGUAGCAUUAAACAUUGCAUGUCGUGCUUUUGGACUCGAUCAUCCCAAAACAAAAGAACUCCAAUGUUAUUUUGACCACUUAGAACGAAAUUUGGUGGAAAAAUAA